AUGAUUCAAAACUUGGAAAAAAACAUUAGAAAAACAUAUCUUCAGGCAAAAAAUCUUGGAACUUUAACAUUUACAGAAUCAAUUCAAGAAAAAAUUCAAGAAGAUGAGAUUAAUUUUCAACUCUUUUGUGUUUCGUGUAUUAAAAAAAAGGAAAAUCUUAAUACAUCUAAUCAACAUACAUUUAUUGAUCCUUUUGAUCCUCCAGAACCAUCACUUUAUAUUCAAAAUGUUGGGGACGAAUAUUUCAUUGUUUUAAACAAAUUUCCGAUUAUUCCAAGACAUUUUUUACUUGUAACAAAAGAAUUUAAAAAACAGUCAGAAGAUUUAUUAAUAGAUGACAUUGCGGUAAUUUGGGAAUGUUUAGAUUCUAUGAAAGAUAGACAUAUGGCAUUUUAUAAUUGUGGGCCUCAAUCUGGUGCAAGUCAACCUCAUAAACAUAUCCAAUUUAUAUCUUUAGAGAAUAACAUUGUAUCAACACUAUAUCCGGAUGAAAUUAUAAAUAUUGCAGAUAUAAAAAAUCCAUGGUCUCAUCCGAAAAUUCCUUUCAUUCAUUAUAUUUUCCCCAUUGUUUCAUCUUCUCCAAAGGAUCUUAUUGAUAUGUUUUCUAAAUUAUUAUCAUUUACAACAAAAGCUUCUCAAGCUUUUAAAAUGGGUGAGAUUAGCUACAAUUUUGCGAUGAGUAAACAAUGGAUGUUUAUGGCACCUCGUAUUAUGGAAUCCUGGAACAAUAUAAGUGUUAAUACUACCGGUAUGGUUGGAAUGUUGUUAGUAAAAUCUGAGGAAGAAUUAAACUUAGUUAAAAAUACUGGAAUUUUAAAAAUUUUAAGACAGCUAGGAAUAGAUAAAAAUAUAAUACCAUCUAACACGUAUAACUAA